AUGGACAGCCGACCAGGUCUUCGGCCUGGCAUGGACGCCAGUUGGUGGUCGUACGCCUGUGCUGGUCGUACGACCAGCGUCUCAACAUCAUACAGGUCGGGUGCAUCGGAACAGAGGGCUGGAGUUGUGGACCUGGGUGCUGACGAACUGGGUCGUUCGGUGCGAGGCGUAGGUCCUGUGACUGAGCACCAGGCGUACGACCACCAACUGGCGUCCAUUCCAGGCCAAAGACCUGGUCGGUCGUCCAUCCAAAUUCGUGCGACUUAA